UCUUGACCAUGAACAGACCUUCGGCAACCAAAAAGGAUCACAUAGUGUUGGUCACCCUCACAGAUGCCAAGCGACGUGCUUACUUGGAUGAUCAAAGUCUGGAGAACGAUAUCCGGCUCCUGGACAGCAAGUCGAUGCUGUUGAGGAUGCCGAAGGGUACAGCUAAGCCCGCCAGCUUGGGGGAACCUCCUCGUUACUACCGCCACUUGGAGUUCGACGGCAUUGGCUACGAAUAUGAUGGCCAUAUUAGGAGUGAAGUGGGCGAUUUACUGGGUCAAAUGUUCCGACACCGUCGCCAUGGAAGUCUGCUGCGCAUCUCAUCCCAAAGGAACCACAAUCCCAGUCUCUUAACCCGUCUCUUGGUCACUGAAGUGGACUCUCUGAUGGUCGAAAUGCGCUGUCGCCUGAAAGCAGUUAAUGUGGACUACUUCGAUGUCCGCAAGUUCGAAAUGGUCAACAUGUUGGUGCAACCCACUGCGGUGCCCAAACGCCGAAGGGUUUCACCGAGCGGAAAGAGUGUGUCCAGCACCAAGGAGCUGUCCCAGUGGCUAACUAACGAUCUCACUCUGCUAAGAAGCCGUGCAAUUGGGGAUGACUAUCUGCACUUCGAGUUUGUGUACCGGGAUAGCCUGGUCUUGGAGCACAGGAUUCAUCUUUCGGUGUUUCACAUUUUCGGCAGCGAGAACCGACCAGAUUUGGUGGAGUUCUUCACGAGUUUGCCACGAGGCAGGCAAAGUGGCAGCACUCUGCUGAACGAUUGCCUGAAGGAGUCCUUUGACUUCAAGAGCCCUGCUCCUGCAGUGGUACUGUUCGAGCUGCCCAUAGCUCCUGACUUGAAGGACGCCAGGCGCCAGAUCUUGAAGGUGGCCGAUGUGGCCUAUGGAAGUCUCGAGAAAGCUCGCAAAAUGAUGUCCAAGUCCAAGUGCAAGCCUGCCUCUCAAAGUUCCACUAACCCGAGCAAAAUAAGUAGGUCAUCCGGAGUGCACAGCUCUCUAAGAUCAGUGCCCGAUAUUUCCCUGGCCCACUGGCGUCGUACUGCCAAGUUCUCAGAUGAGGACUACAAUGGACUGGCCCAUUGGUACGGGCGCAUAGACUCCAAGUUCGCAGAGCUGAAACUGGCCAUGGAGCAGCACGUUGUGGAUCUGUACAGGAGGAAGAGUUUGGAUCUGCGAAGCGAAAUAAGAUCAAUACAUCAGGAUCCCAGCGAGGAGACCGACGAAAGUGGUGGCGAUGGAGUGAGACCUCAGAGGACGCACAGAGAUCUUCAUACCUCCAGCAAAGUAUACUCCCAGCUAAAGAAGGAUUUCCAGGAGCUCGAAACUGAAGCGGAGGCCACUACUUACGCCCCAACCCUCAGGGUCUACAUCAGCACCAAGAACUACGAGCUCUCGGAGGCGGAAAAGGUGCUCAAGCAGAGGGAGGUGGAGAACCUGAGACUCGGCUUGAUCCAGUAUAUCGGUGCAUCGGACUCCAGCAUUUCGGGGGACUAGAAGUUUAACUAAAUGUCAUCCCACACUUGUGAUGUCUAGUGAAACUCCUUUUCCCAAGUGCACAAAUAAAUAAAUUCGUUAUCGUUUCUA